AUGAUGGAGAAAGAAAUUGAAGAUAAAUUAAAAGGGCGGAAUUUCCUAUAUAGGAAUAUAAAAUUAGGGGAAGAUAAGAAUGAAAUAAAGAAACUCGACAAAAUAAAAAUGGCUUUACUAAAUAUGAGUGAUGAAGAAGAGGAGUACUUUUUAAUUGAUAUAUAUCCAUUAAUGAAAAAAUACAUACUCAAUACUACGCCAUUACCUUAUUAUAGUAAUACACAUGCAUUCCGUAAAAAUGUAUUAACAAUUUUUUAUUCAUUAAUAUAUAAAUUAAAUAAAAUAAAAUAUAUCAUAGAAAUUUUUGAUAUGUGCUUAAAUUCGUUUAUGAAUGAGAGCGAAGAAUGUGGCAUUAUUUGUAUAAAAAUCAUGACAGAAAUAUGCAUAUUGCAUAAAAAUGAUUUAAUAUCAUUUGACAUUUAUAAAUAUAUAAAUGUUGUGUCUAAGAAUAUUUUAAAAAAAUUUUAUAAGAACAUAAUUAAUAAAGUAAAAAGGGGUAAUCUUUUAAAAUCAGAAAUUAAUAUAUACAAAAAAAUAAAAUGCCCCCCCCUAAAUAAUAAAAACUACAUACAAUGUAGUAAAGAUUCAUUAAAAUUUGUUAGAGAAAUAGUUUUGUCAAAUUAUAUUAUAAUAAAUUUAUAUCCGAAGUUAUUAAAUAAUAACGAAAAUUACAUAAAAACAUUAUGUAAAAUACUUUCAGUUAUUAACAUUUUUGACUUUAAAUGCUAUAGUAAUUUUUUUAUAGAAGACAUUAAAUAUUCAAAAAAUGUGAUUUUAAAAACUGCUUAUUAUUAUUAUUUUUCAAAUUCCGAUCCAUCAUUAUAUAGAAAAUCGGACAUUGAAAAAGACAAUUGUAAUGAAAAUUUUAAAUUUUGUCAAAAUAAUAACAUAGAAGAACUUUACAAGAUUUAUUCUGUAAAGAAUAAUAUAUUUAAUGCAAAUGUCAAUAAUAAACAUAACAUAAACUAUAAGGAUACUUCAUCAAAUUGUAUCAGCAGUAAUGGAAAUAACAAUGUGGGAAUACCACAUAAUGAAGAAAGUAAUGAUAAAGGUAUAUUAAUGAAUAAUUUAAAAACUAUAAAAAAGGAAUUUUAUAAAAAUGUGAAAUACAGCAAUUAUUAUAUUGAUAUGUGUAAGGUUAAUGAUCUAGUGAAUUUAAAAAAUAGUGUUAUUCAUAUUUUAUGCAAUUUAUUAAAGUUAGAUUGUAAUAAUAUGUAUUUUGAAUAUAAAGAAUUUUUGAUUCAAAAAAUUAUCCAAUCUUUAAAAUAUGAUACACAUUAUACUAUUGAGAGCAAGAAAAUUUUUAUUGAAAAUAUUACAUUGCUUUUACACAAAAAUUUUGAUGAAACAUUGAAAUAUUAUAUAGAUUUUUUGAUUGAUCCCAAAACAUACAUGACAUAUUUAGCAAAUAAUGAUAGACAUUUAUCAGUAUUUGUAUUUAUGAAAAUUCAUGAUAUAUUUUUAUAUUUUAAAAAUAAAAAUGUUUGGAAUUUUAGUAUAAUAAAAAGCUGUAUAUCUAAUUAUUCCGUUUUUAUAAUGAAUAGUAAUCAUGUUAUUUUCAUUCAGACUAUUUGCUUAAAAUUGUUGCACUACAUAAUUGAAAUAGUGCUCAAAAUUAAGAGACGAAACUAUAAAUAUUUUUCCCUUUAUUAUGACAUCUUAAAUAUAUUGUUACAAAAAAGUAAUUCACUAAAAUAUGAAUUAUAUAAUUUAUACAAGAAAUUUUUUAAUAUUGCUUAUAACGAUGUCUUAUUUUUUAAAAAUAAAAGGAAAACUAAAAAGGGAAAAUUAGGAAAAAAAACUUUGAAUGGGGAAACACCACACUAUGAAAAUGCGAUUGGAUAUGUUUCAGAUAAUGUAAAUAUGCCUUUACAACGAGUUUUUAUAAGAAAGGUGAACAGUAAAAAUGCACUUAAUAAAAGCAUGAAUAUUGCAAAUUCUAUGAAUAAUUAUCGUAAUAAGAAAAAUGAGAAAAAAAGAAAAAUAGGGAAUUUAUUAUAUGAUGAAAAUCAUUGUAAAAUUGAGGCAUAUGAAGAAGAUGUUAUGGAAAUAAUAAUAAAUUAUAAAUAUUUAUUAUAUUCUAUUUAUUCGUGUAUAAGAAGUAAUAUUUAUUAUAUUUAUUUGUAUUUUAAUAAAGAUAUAAUCAAGGUGAACCAAAUAAUAGUAAAUAAUGGUUGUGACAAUUUUGUUUUAAAUAAUUAUAAGGAUGUUGAUAAAGACGAUGAAGUGGCUCAUAAUUUGGAUCUACUGAAUAAAGAAUGUUAUAACCCAAAAAACAAUUAUUUAAGCAUCCAAGAAAUUGAAAAUUGCUUAUAUAGUUACAUAUAUUGUUAUAAUAGUAAAAAUAAUAAAAGGUUAGACAGUUUAAUAUAUAACGGAAAAAACAAUAAAAUGCAUAAUUCAGAGUGUUUAUAUGAUUCCCAAAUAACUAAUACUGUGAACGAUGUGAUAAUCGAUGGUAUAUACCUUCGAAAAAAUAAUCAAAAGCCUGAUAGUGAUACGGGACAUAAAGAAAAUAAUAGUGAUAAUUUCAAUAGAAAUGGCAAGAAAAAUGUUCAUCAAAAGAAUUUAAAUAAUAAUAGUAUUUUUGAAGACAUGUAUGAUAUAAACGAUAUUAAUUUUUUGUAUGAGGGUUAUAUGGACAUGCCCUCAUAUGAAUUGAAUGACAUAUGGCUGAAAAUAUUGUAUAAAUUAUUUUAUCGUAUGCUAAUAUGCUCUAUUUUAUUUAAUUCGUGUUUUUCCUAUGCAGUUAUAGAUCAGUUAAAUUUACGAAAUGAAAUAACUAAGAAAUAUCUUAGAAUAAAAAUUUUGAAAAAUAAUAUUUAUGAUAAUGGUGAUCAUACUAAUGUUGCUUAUGAUGAAAAUUGGAACCUCCAAAAUAUUGGAAUUAGUAUUAAUAAUUUGUUAAAGGAAGACAAGAAAAAAAUAGUCAAUUAUAUUAAUUAUAUAAAAGACGAAGAAAGGAAAUUAAUUUAUAUGUCAGCAAAUAUUAUAAUAUAUUUAAAUAAUAAUAAUUUUCAUGAUUUUAUGAAUUAUUCUAUUGACAUAUUAUUUAAAUUGAUGUUUCAAUAUCCUCAGAUAUUUUGCAUUUUUCAAAUUUUGGGGACAUUAAGAAAUACCAGUAUGGUAACUUGUAAAGUUUCUUUAAAUUAUACAAUUUCUAAAUUAAAGACAAUUUUAAAGCAUAAGAAUAAUUUAAAACCGUUACUUUACUUUAGUAAAAAUUCUCGAAACAAACAAUUUUGUAAUUUGUCGCGACAUAGAUUAUUUUAUAAAUUAUAUUCACGUUUCGAUUGUCUAACAAAUCGAUGUCAUUUAAUUAAUUCCAAUUUAAUUUGUGCUUAUUGUGGCAAGAAAAGCAAGGGUGUUAAUAAAAAAACUAAUGUAUUUAUUAAUACCAAUAUUGGUAAUCGAUAUCCUACAUGUUAUAAUAAUAUUAAUAAAGUAAAUGUUAAAAAAAGACGACAAGCUGAAAUAUAUAACUCAUGUGUGGAUAUACCUAUUGAUUGUUUUGAUUUACAAUUUUUAGACGAUUCUAAAAAUGGAAUUGAAGGAGUAGAAAAUGAAGCAAAAAUUAUGGAUAAUUAUUUAUGGAAUAAUUUGAAUUCAUUUAAAGAGUUAACAUAUCAUGAUGAAAAUCUGUUUUUUGAUAAAGAGAGUAAUAGUAUCAAUAAAUUAAAAUUAAUUAAUUCAUGCAGCAUAAAAAAGAAAAACCGAAAAAAAGGAUACUUUUUUCAUAAUAUAAAUAAGUGUGAUGUAAUAUACUCGGAAAAGUUUAUAUUAAAGGAUAUUAAUAAGCAUUUUCAAUUAGAUAAGGAAAAAAGGGAAUUGAAUACAAAAAAAAAAAUAAUAGAAUUUGGUGAUAAUAGGGGACAUGGUUUCUUAUCUGAUGGAAAUGAAGAUAUAAUAUAUUCAAGAAAAAAAAAUGAAUACCUCGAGUCGAAUAUAAAAAAGAAUUGUUGCUUAUUAAAUGAUUAUAGUUAUAAAAGUGAACAUAAUUAUGAAGAUAAUAUAGACAAUAAAUUUAUGUUUAGAACUAAAAGAAAGAACAAGAUUCGUGAUUAUAUAAAAUCGAACAAUUGCAUAAUGGGAUAUAAUUCAAUUUCUAUGAACGAUACGUUUAAUAAAUAUUUAACUAACAAUGAAUUAAUUAUAAAGAUGCUAUACUUUAUUUUAAAUGUUAUUAAGCAUUAUCCGAAUUAUUAUUUUUAUUUUUUACACGAAUUAAGGGAAAUUUCUGAAAUAUGUUAUGACAUAAUUUCUAAAGACAAUAAAUGUGUUGAAAUUGUUACUUUAUUAAAAUAUAUUCUUGAAACUGUUUGCUAUAUAAAUUAUAUUAAUUCUAUGAAAAAUAAAAAUGGAUCUACAGCGUCAAUCGAUUCUUUGAAAACAAUUUUGUCUAAUAAUUAUAAUAUAAAUGAUAUGGAUGAAAUUAAAUGCGCUAAAUAUGACCACAGUUGUGAGAAAGACAGUCAAAAUUGUAAAAAUUUUGGAAGUAGUCUGUUUAUAAAUAAUAUUAUUAAAAGUGUAAAAGAAGAAAAGUGCAAUGAUAAUAACAUAAAAAAUUAUUCAUUAAAUACCCAAGAGAAUCACAAAAUAAAUAUAUAUUUCGAUAAUCGAGAAGAUAUUACCUGCCAUAUUAAUGGCAUAAACAAUGAUAAAAUACAAAAAAUUGAUAUAAUUUAUAGUUUUAUUCAAUGGUUUGAAAAAUCAUAUGUUUAUUUACCCAAGUUGUAUAGAAUGCUAUUAUGUGAAAUAUGUUUGAAUAUACCAGUUUGUAGCUUUUUGGAUGGAUAUUUUAAUUUUUAUUUAAAAUGUUUAUUAAUUUGUUUAAAUUCGAAAAGCAUGAUAAUGAUCAGAACUGCAUUAAAAUCGAUAGAAGACAUUUUAUUUAAUGCUGAUAAUGCUAAAAUAAAAAAUAAUUUGUAUUCUUCUGUUUACUAUAAAAAUGGAACCAAAUUUUACAUUUUUACAUGCUUAAUGAAAUUACUAAGAAAGAAGGUUAAUUUUGAUAUGGGCUUUAAUAAUAUAUAUGAUCAGAAAUAUUAUUUUAAUGACAUUUUUAGAAACUUAUACAAUAGUAAUAUACAUUUAGAAAUGGAUUUCAUGGGUAGAAAAAAUAAACCAUCAGAAAGAGAAAUAAAUAAAUAUUUACAUAAACUAUAUAUGGAAAAUAUAUAUACGAUUAUAAAAAUAUGUUUUAAUUUUAUUGAUAAUAAUGAAUUAAUUAAAAAUUUGUAUUCAGAUAUGAAUAAAAGGGUGUAUAGAAAAGUUAAUUUUAGAGUUGGCUUUUUCCUAAAAUGGAAAAUAAAAACCGAAAACUCCAAAAGAAGACAAAUAAAAAAUAGAAUGGGCAUAUGUAAUGAGAAUAGACUUGAAGAGAAUGCUCAAAAUUGUGUCAAUAAUAAUAGUUAUGACACAAGUAAUUUAAAUAUCAAAAGAAAGGUUAAUACAUUCUUAGAGGGUAAUACAGAAAAUGUGGCUAUUGAAUUAGACAAAAUGGAUGAAACGAAAAAAAUUAGCAAAAUAAACGAAGAAACAAAUAUUUAUGAGAGAAAAAAUAAACGAAAAAAAACUAGCCAUAGCAAUGGUGAAAUUGAGGAAUUGCUGAAUAAAGAAGAUAAAAAUAGCAUAAGUGUAUUUGAAAUAAAUGAUGGGAGUACAGAUAUCAAUGUUAAUUGUAUAGGAAAAUAUGAAAAAGAAAAUAAAGACAAAUUAUCAAGUAAUAAUGUCAUAAAUAAUAUAAGUUAUGUAAACAUAAGUGAUAAUAAUUGUGAAAAUAACUCGAAUAUGAAUUUAUUUCCCAUAGAUAAUAUAUUUGUGAAUAAUAAUUAUGAUAACAUUAUGGAGCACAUUGAUUUAGAAAAAGCAAUUGAUUAUUGUUAUAAAGUAUUAAAGCGUACUAUGAAAAACAAUGGUUUGAAAUAUUUAUAUUAUUACAAAAAUUGUCAGUAUCAUAUUCCUAAGCAAAAAGUAGUUUUCAAAAAAAAAAGCAUAAUAAACAAUAAGAGAAAAAAUAAAGAAAAAUUCACAAUCUUUAAUUUUGAUGAAUUUAGAAAUAGAUUCAAAAGAAAGUUUAAUUAUGAAAAUAUAAAUACAAUAGAAAAUAAUUGUAAGAAGAAAAAAACAAGUGAUGGAAUGGGUAAUUUGCUUAUAUCUGAAGAAGAAAAUAGUCAUGAAAAUGUUGUCUGUUCAAAUAUUGAACAAUCAAAACACCAUGAUAACGAUCCUAAUUGCAAUAUGGACAAAAUUGGGAUAAAAAGAGAUGAAACAAUAGAAAAUAAUUCAUAUCGAUUAACAAAUAAUGAUGUGAUUGGUGAUAAAUUAAAAAAUGAAAAGAGCGGUUUGAAUUUUCCAAAGAAUACAAGAUCCAACUUUAUUCGUAAUAACGAUAUGAAUUACUUUGAAAAGUCUGAUGUUUGUUAUAAUUGCAUUCAAAGAGAUCAACGGAUUAAUUGUUAUAGAAUAAUCAUUACGAUUUUUAUUUUCCUUUUUAACCAUUCUAUAUGUAUAUCUGAUUUUUAUGAGUAUAUGCUUAAGGUGGGGGCAAUUAAUAAUGAUUUUAUGAAUCCUUCAAAGAAGAAAAAGCGCGAUACUAAUUUAGAUACCAGCAAUAAUGAGGAAAGUAUGUCCCUCAGUAAUAGCCAUAAUUCUAAAAAGGGUGUAAAUAAAAAUAAUUGCAGAAAAAAUAAGAGCAAUAAAAAGAAAAAAUCGAUUAACUCAAACAAUAUUGAAAUGUGUAAAGAGGAAAAAAACAAAAUAAAGAAUAAGGAAGAAAAUGCUGAUAAAAAUACAAAAGACAAUAAAUUAAAAAAAAAUACAUAUAUAUCUAGUACAAAGAAAAGGAGAAAAUACUCUUUUGAAUAUUGUACAUGCAAAAAAUAUUUAUAUAAAUGCGCAUUUAUAUAUAAGGAUGGUAAUAACAAUUUCAUUAGGAAGAUAAUGUAUUGCUUUUUAAUAAUGCUAGUCGAAAUAAACAUGAAUAGAAACAAAACCCAAAAAGAUGAAUUAAAAAAUUGUAAUUCUCAAAAUGCUCAUAGAAAUGAAGAUAUUUCAUUUAUGAAGGUAUGCAUAAGAAAUGAAGAAGGCAAAAAAAAAAAAAUAUAUAAAAGGAAUUGUUAUGACGAAGUACGAAAUGACAAAUUAAGAGAGUUAGUUAAACAUAUUAUUAGAAGGAUGUCUUUAAUAUUAUCAAGUAGAUUUAUUUUAACACAAAAAAAUAACAUGGUUCAUAUAAUGGCACAUAAUAAUGAAUUAGAUAUAUCAUCAUUUAUUUUCACCUUUUGUAAUUUAAUUGAUUAUUGCCCUCGUUUUGUGGAAACAACAGUACAAGGUCUUUAUUUUAUAGAAAAGGUUUUAAAAGGUAUAUUAAAAGUACAACCUGUAAAAAUGAAGAAAUUCAUGAAAUCUAAUUUUUUUUCAAAUUUAUGUACAUGUAUAUGUAAUAUUUGUUAUGAUUCAAAAAUAAAAAAAAAAAUAUUUGGAUUAUUAUUAUUAUUAAAAGCCAUGAGAAUUUUACACCCAUAUUGGAUUAAAUAUAAUAUAUAUAGUAUUAUACACACUUUAUUAAUAUGCUAUGAAAAAUAUAAUUUAAAAUAUCUAAAAAUUAUAAAUAUGUUAAUUGAGGAAUGCUUAACAAUGACAUUUGCGUCGUUAUAUAUCGGGUAUGUUGGUGAAAUAAAUGCAUAUAUAUUGAAUAGUUUUUCAUCCUCUGAAAGUAUAUAUGUAGAGGACAUAAACAAUUUAUAUGCAUAUCUAAAUAUGAAAGAAGAAAAUAACUCGAAAAAAUUAUUAUAUUUUAAGGAUUAUACAAUUGAGAAAAUUAAAAAGGAUGCAGAAAUGGUUAAAAGUUUUUUUUCAAUGAAUGAAAAAGAGGUAUACAACAAAAAUAGUGUAGUUAAUUGUGAAGGCAUAAAAGAUAAACGGGUCUUAAAAAAAAAUGAAUGUUUUUGGUAUAAUUAUGAUGAAAUAUAUACAUGGGAAAUUUUAACAUCAAAAAAAAUAAAUAAAAGAAAUAAGAAGGAUGUUUCAAAAAUGAUGAAAAUGUUAUUUAAUGUAUUAAAAAUGUUUAUGUAUAAUUUGAAUAAAGAGGAGUAUGAUAGAGAAUUUAUUAAAAAGGUGUUUAUUAUUGUGUCUAAAGUAUUAAAAACAAGCAUCCGAAAUUUAUUAACAUAUAAAUGUUCGAUUAAAAAUAAUAAAGAUACAUGUUUAUAUGACAUAUUUAUGAAGGAUUUUUCUAUUUCCAAUUUUCUAACGUCGUCUUUAAAACGAAAAAUUUGUUAUCUCGAUAUGUAUUGUUUUUUUUUAUCCCAAAAGCCGUAUAUAAAAUUUGAUUUCAUUAUAGUAGAAAAAUUAAUAGAAAAUAUUAUAAAAAUUAUAGAAUAUUUAAAAAAAAUAGAUGGAAAAAAUAAAUAUUUUACGUAUAUUAUUAAUGGAAAUGUAAUGAAUAUUUCUUCUAAUGAUGAUAUAGAUGUAGACAUGCUUGAGAAAGACACGCGUAAUAUUAUGCAUAUGGAACAAACAAAUGGUGAUAAUUUAAAAAAUAAUAAUAAUAUUCUCUUUGAUCAUGGCCAUAUAAGUAGUUCCAAUAUAAAGGAUAAUACAGUAAAGGAGUUACAUGGAAGUAAUACCAAUCUUAAUGAAAAAGAGGAAGAAAAUGCUGAUAUGAAAAAAAGUAUAGAAUUACAAAAUUUGUAUAAAAAAAUUAAGAAGAACCAUGACCUUUAUAUGAAUAGUAGUAAUGUUAUUAACAGUAGUUUGGGUUCAUUGGUAGAACAUGAUAAUGAAAUGAAUCUAAAAAAUAUGACUAUUGAAAUAAAUGGAAAUCUUACAAAUAAUAAGAAUAUAAAAUAUAGUAAUAAUUUAAAUUUCUAUUUUAAGAAAGACGAAGAAUUUUCUUUAGAUGAUAAAGAAUCAUGCAUGAAAUUAUCAAAUGAUAUCAAUAUGGCUAAAACGGAAGAAAGCAUGAUGAGCAAUUUUUUGAAUGAUAAAUACCAAAAGACCAAUUUUUUAAUGGAUCAAUUUUUAAAAGAAGACUGCAAUAAUGUUAUAACAUUUUUUUCUUAUUUUAUGACACUUAUAAGAAUUUGUUUUACUCACCCAUCAUAUAAGUAUUUACUUCCUAUUAUGAAUCCAAGUUUAAAUAAGAAAAAGGAAAUAUUAUAUAAUCGUUGUAUUCAUAUAUUAUUAGAUUUUUUAUUUAGCAACCAAACAGAUUUGUGUAAUAAAGCAGAGGAAACCCUGCGUCAUUUAAUAUUGGAAAAUGAAUGUGAUAAAGAUACAGGAAAAGCUGGAUAUACCAAAACAGGACGAUCUGAAACUGUAAAACGGGAUACAAUUGAAAAUAAUAUAUUUAAUAAUUUUCAAAAAAGUGAUUCAUUGAAAUUGGGAUUAAGAAAUUAUGAGAAUAAAAAAUGUUCAAUAAAUAAUUUAUUAAUAAAUAAAAAUGGUAAUAAAACGAGUGAAAAACAUAAUAAAUUAACGAAUAUGAAUAAAAAUUCAAUAAAUAAAUUAAAAUUAAAUAAGGAUGAUUUUAAAUUGUAUUUGAAAUCAGUUUUAGGGAAUUUGUCUUAUGCUUUAAAACAUAAAUCCUUUAUUUUGGAGAAAAAUUUUAUCAUUGGUCUUAGUAAAAUAUAUUACCUAUUUCCACAUUUAUUUUCCCCAUUUUUAAUGGAAGGAUUUGUUAAAUAUCUUAUUUCAUUUAAAGACGUUAGUGCAAAUAAUAAAGCAGCAUAUAAUAAUAUAGACCAUGUCAUAUGCAUUUAUUCAGAAUUUUUUAAGGCCCAAAAUUUGUCUUAUGAAAAAUAUAAAGAGAUAAUGGAUAUAUUUUUAAAAAUUUAUAAUAACUUUAAAAAAGGAAGCAUAAAUUUUAUAAAUAAUAUAUUCGAAUUGGACGAGCAUAUGCUAGGCCAUACAAAAAAUAAAAGGUUAUCUUGUAAAAAUAAUAUUUCACAGAAUAUAAAUAAUUUAAACACCAGAGAAAAUACACGGGGUGAUGAAAUUAAUAAUACACUGUUAGAUACUAUUUCUAAUAAUAUAAAAGGGAAAGAAACUAAUAAUACAAAUAGUAGUAAGAAGAAAAAAACGAAUAGCAAUAAAAAAGAUGUAGAUAAUGAAGGAAAAAGGAAAACUAAAAAUAAAGGGGACAAUGAUAGCAGUAAAUAUAAUGAAAAUGUUUCCAUAAAAGAUAAUUAUACUGAUCAAAAUAUUUCUAAAAAUAAUGAUGAUAUUGAAUUAAAGAGGGCAUCAAUAUCAAACCAAUUAAAUACAAUUGAUGUAUUUGCUACAAAUAAUAUUAAAAGCAAUAUUGAAAUAAACCGUUCUUAUAUCCAAAUUUUAUGUUACUUAUGUUGUAAUAAUUAUGAAAACACAUUUAAAUAUUUUAUAGCGAAUAGACACAACAAUAUAAUAUUUUCAGCCUUUAUAUCAUUAUUAAAUUUAAAGAUGCUAUCAGAAUUUCGGAAAUAUAUGUUUUUAAAAUUUAAUGUAUUUGGAAACCUUCUUUUAAAAUAUUUUUCAAGUUUCAAUUCAAAUGAUAUAAUGAUUCAUAUAUUUAAUAUAUUUGUCUUAAAUAUAAAUAUUCCAAAAUUGAAUAAAUUAGUUACGUAUGAUGAUGCAGAAAUGAAGUUAUUUGUCGAUAAAGCAUUUCACCUAAAUUUAGAAAAAAACCAUGGAAAUGAAAAAAGGAAAAAUAAUUACGCCUUUUUAGAAUGCGCCGAAAAUAAUGCUUCCAAUAGUAAUAAUAAUAAUGAAGAAUGCAAAAAAAGCAAUAAAAAAAGUUUAAAUGAGAAAAUGGGAAACAAUAAGGGGGAAGACAUAAACAACAAUGUGCAAGAAGAGAUGCUUAUUGGGUGCGAUUUGAACAGGAGUAAAAUAUUGAGUAAUUUAUUUAUUAUUAUAAAUAUUGUUCAUGUUAUAUCAAAAUAUGAGCCUUCGUGUGUAUUUUUGAAUUUUUAUAAUCAAAGAAUAUGUAAUAAUGCGAUUAGCAUUGUUGAAAAUUUAUACUUAUGUAUUAGUUAUAUUAUUAGUGAAUAUAUUUCAUUGAAGAACAACAAUUUUGUCUUAUUUUUAAACAAUUCUGAAUGUAGAAAAUGCAUUAAGAUAUUUAUAAUUUUUUUAAAAUAUUCAAAACAUUUUCAUAAAUACAUAGAAACUGAUUUUUGCAACCGAAAAAUAAAUAAUGAAGAAAUGGAGAAUUGGUUUAAGGAAUUAAAACAACGAAGUAAAUUGGAUAAUGAUAUUAACAACAGUAAAAACAAUAGUUGCAAUAAUAAUAUAAUGGAUAUAAUUGAGCAUAAUGAGUAUCUUUUUUAUUUGAGAACUAAUAUAUUUAUUGUACUAAUUUUUAUAAUAUCGAUGAGCAAAAAUAUAGAUUAUAGUUAUACAACUGAAUUUAUUAAAAAAUAUGUAAAGAGGAAUUUAAAAUAUCGAGAAAAGAGAUAUUUAUUUUUUUCUAUCAUUCACAUUUUAAAUCGUUUUAAAAUGCCAAUUUUAAAUAAAUUUUAUGAAAUUUCAUUAAGAUACAUAAUUAUUCCAUUAUUAAAGAAUUAUAUUAAAAAGGAAAAAAAUAAAAAAUAUAUAACAUAUACAGAAAAUAGCCUAGAUUUGGAAAAUGAUACAUUUUUAAUUGAUGAUAAAAUUUUUAUUAAUUUAUUGUCUAAAUCAUUUUUGAGAUCAGAUAUUAAUUACACUCAAGAUAUGAACCGCAAAUCAAGUUUGAGUAACAAUAAGAGUGGCACCUCAACUUCUAAGAGCAUAAAUAAAAAUAAUGACGAAUAUAAUAAAAAUAAUUUUAGUUUUUCAUCGAAAUGCUCAAUUUGUAAGAGGGUUACUGCAAGUAAUAAUAUUAGUUGCAAUGAUAUGCUUAUUAAAGUUACUGAAGAUGGUAAUGAAAGUCCGAACAGAAAUUGUCAACGAAAUGAAGGAGACAAAAGUGAAGCGAUUAAUAAUACUUAUGGAUAUUUACCACCUAAUGAUGAUAUGAAUAAUAUGGGAAAUACAAUAAGUAUGAACAAUAUGAAGAAUUCGAAUAUUUUGAAAAAUAAAAGAACUGGAAAAUAUAUACAUCAUUUAGACGAUUAUGAAAGUAAUAGUAAGGGUCCUAAGACUUAUUGUCUAUUUUAUAAUUCAAUUCAUAAAGGAAAAUAUAAUACGAUACAGUAUCCUUUUUAUAAGAAUGAUUUAUUUCUUAGUACACGAGAAAUUUUUUACAUUUUAAUAUCGUUGCUAAAUUGUUCUAAUAGAAUUGAAGUAAUCGCUAAUAAAUUAAUUGCAUGUAAUGCAAUUAUAGAUAUUGUAAGAAAAUUAAGGUCAAAAAUAGAAAAAAAAAAAUUAUUUAUUUGUCUUAAGAAUUUUAAUAUGAUGUUUUUACAACAUCAUAAUGAAUAUAUAAAACAGUUAAGUAUAUAUAACAUAAUUAGUAUUUACAGAUAUGGAUUUCGAAACAGGGUAAAUGAUUUGAAAUGUAUUUUUGAGUUAUUAUUUAAAUAUAAAUAUGAAGAAGAUAAUUAUUUUCUAAGGAGAAAUUUCGAACAAUUGAUAAGCUUAUUUUGUUUAACCCGUUUAGAAAAUAAUAAAGUUUCGAUGAAAAAUAUAAUUUGGGAUUAUUAUUCAAAGAAGCGUUGUUUUUAUAUGAAAGCUUUUAAGAAGGAUAUUACUUCUAUCAUAGAUGGCGAAAGCAAUGAUAUUUCCGGGUGGUACCACAAUUUAAGAAAUAGAAAUUAUUUUUUCAAUUAUAAAAAUUAUAUUACGGAAUAUUUCAAGAAGGGUAAAAAUCCUUUCGAAAAAAUGCACGUAUUAGUAACAGUUUUAAAGAAUAAUUAUGUCUUUUUCAAUGAUUCCCCAUAUAUUAUAGCGUCUAUUCUAAAGCAUCUUAAAAAAUUUACAAAGCAUGCUAACUAUAAAAAAAAUGGUGAUUUGCUACUAUUAUGCUUGAAGAGUAUAUUUACUUUUAUAAAAUUUAACAUUUUUUGUAAUUGUGUCCAUGAUAUGUUUAAUUUAAAAAAUGGGCAAGUGGUUAUAAAAAAGUUUGAAGUUACGUCGAAUUUGGACAAGAUGGGCACGAAAAGAUACGAAAGUAGCUUAAAGGAAUGUACCUGCAAAUAUGUUGAGAAUGGUAAUGAUUAUGAGAAUAAAGAAGCUAUGCGUAUAAAUUCAUCUAACAAUGGCAAUAGAAAUUGUUUUGUCUGUUAUAAGGGUGAAAAUUUAAAAAAGACAAAAGUAUAUGAUGAAAUAAAAAAUGUUAUUUAUAAUUAUUAUUGUCAAAAUAAAAAUGAUAAUAAGAGAAAAAUAUUUUUGAUCGGAAUUGUAAAUAUAAUUAAAAAAUACAAAUAUGUUUAUGUAAACUUAAAUAUAUUGAAUUUGAUAGCCAAUUUAAUAGUUUCUAUUUUAUUAAAAUGGCAGUACGAUAUAUCUCUAAAUAAUAUAGUGAAAGAAAUCCUCAUUAUUUUUGAAGAUAUAUUAAGAACGAAAAAUAAUACAAAGCUAAAAUAUUUAAAUAUAUAUAAAAAAUUGCUUUAUUUUUUUUUUAUUAAAUGUGUCAAUAAGGAACUACAAACACCGAGUACAUCACAAUGCUCCAAUAAGAAUAAUUUAACUAACGGAAACCAAAAUGAUAAUAGCAGCAUAUUAAAUGAUUUCGUUUUUAAUGUAAAUCUUUUUGAGUCAAAAUAUGGUAAGAAUGAAAUGAGAAAAAUGAAACUUGAAUCGAUUUUAAUGAAGGAGGUAGAACAUGAUAAUUUAAUAAAAGACAAUUUUGAUAAAUUAGGACAUAAAGACAAAUUGGUACAUUUUAGUUUAAAUGACAAAAACAGCGAUAAAAAUGAUAAGAAUAUUAAUAAUGACAAUAAAAUAUAUAGUAAUAGUAGAGAUGGUGACGAUAAUAAUAGGAUAAAUAAACUGAGCCAGUUUUACGAAAAGAUAAACAACGCAUAUAAUAAGGAUUAUAUAGUUGAAAUGACUUAUAUGAUACUAAAAGUGGCAUUUAAAUACGCGAAUAAAAAUAAUAUUUGCAAAAAAUUGAAUAUUUUAUGUUCUAUUUUGUUUCUUUUAAUUAACUGCAAUGAUACGAAAAUUGAAAGGAAUGUUAUUUUACUCAUUAAUCAUUUAAUAUUAAAGCAUAAGUUAUUUUUACCAGAUUUGAAAAAUAUAUUAGAUAAGAAUUAUAUUAAGGAGAAAUGGGUAAAUAAAAGUUUUUUUACCUACUUAUUAUUUGAUAAUAACUUUAUAAAGGAAGACAAUUAUGAAGAAAAAAUAAAACUUUUGUAUGAAAUGCUAAUUAGCUUAUGUAUUAAAGGAAUGAAUGAAUAUAAAAGCGGAGACAAUACAUUUUACAUGAAUAAAUGUUUACACAUUAAAAUAAAAUUAGAAACCUCAAUAUUGAUAUUCUGGUUUUUUAUACAAUUAUACAAUAGUUUUCCAUCAGAAAAUAAUUAUAAAGAAUUAAUUAAGUUGUUAUUAAUGGAAUAUUUGGAAAAUUUAAAAAAUAUUUCAAGUUACUGUUUUAGAAAAAAUAAAUUACUAAUUUUAAAAGAACUAAUAUUUUUGAUGAAUAGUAAAUUAUAUUUAUUAGACAAAAAAGGCAUUCUCUAUUUUUUUAAAACAAUACUUAAACUUUUACAUAUGGAAAGAAAGAACGACUCUAAUUUUGAUUUAUUUAUAUUAAAAGUUAUUCAACAAAAUGUUCUAAGCAAGUCUAUGGAUUGGAAUAGAGACAUUAUUGGAAAAUAUCAUGAUAUUACUUUCGAUUAUUCUUCAAAUUGGUAUUUAGAUUGUUCUUAUUUCUCUAAAUUAAAUGAAGAAAAUUGUGAUGCAUAUAAAGCAUGUAAUAAAAAAAGCGAAAUUAAAAAUAAAAUCGAAAAAUAUUUUGGCAAUAAGAAUAGAAACAAGAUCAAUGUUAAUAAAUAUAUAAAGUAUAUAAAUAAUUUAAGGAAUAAGAAUGCCAACUUUGUUGGUUAUUAUUAUAAUUUAGGAAGAUGUAAUGGACUAUCUCUUUCAAAGAAUAGAAUAAUAUAUGAUAAAAUUUUUAAAUUGAAUUUUCGAAAAAAUGUAAUCCAUAAUAAAUUGAAUAAUAUGAAUAUUAGUGAUGGCGCAUGCAAUAUGUUAUUGAAGCAAAACGGAAAUAGUAAUAGUUCUACAUGCUAUAACAAUGACGCUAAUAAUAAUUUGAAUAAUGCUUACAGUUUUGGAAGUAAAUUACAAAUAUUCAUUGAUAAGAAAAUGCAAAAAAUUAUAAAAAAUGAUAUAAAAAAGAGAAAUAUUUUUGCUAAAUUGUAUAUUGGAAAUGUAGUAGAAGACGCUUUAUUUAGUGACAUACUUGUUUGCAGAAAAAAGAAGAAGCUUAAGGAGAUAUUCUGUAUUAGUAAUAAAAAUGAAUAUGAUAAUAGUAUGAGAAAAAGUGCAAAUUUAUCAAUUGAAGAAAUGGCACAUAUAAUUAGCAAAUUAAUUUUAUUCGAUUAUUCUGAUGAUUAUUAUAGUUAUGUGAAAUAUUAUGAUAUAUUACUAUAUUUUAUUAGGUGUGUAAAAAGUCAAUAUUCUGAAAAGUAUGAUUUAACAGAUUUAAAAAAUAAAAUUUUUUCUAAACUUUUACCUAACAUUUUAAGAGGAACAUUUUCUUUUUUACCAAACGUCCAACAUACAUGCAUCCAAAUUUUUCAGAAAACAUUCUUGUCUAAUGAUUUUUUUGAAACAAUAUGCAUAUUGUUUAAGAAUGAUUAUUUUAAGUAUAUUAUAGACAAAUACUUCAUAUCUCUUUUUGUGCAUAUAUUCUUUUUGUUUUUUAAGCAUAGCAUUGAUAUGUAUCUAUGCUUGAAAAAUAAAACUCAAGGAUUAAUUCCCCAUUUAUGUAAACAUAGAUAUUGGAAAAAAGGGAAAACAGUACAUGACACAAAUUUAAUAUUAUAUAAUAGAAAAUUAAAUAAAUGGAAAGGAAACAAUAUAAAUAAAAACGAUAGAUCUAAAAUUGAAGAUUGCAAAAAAUUGAGAAAAAAAAAUAUUAAAAUAUACAAUUCAAAAUAUCAUGAUUGGAAAUACUAUUUAAAAAAAUAUUGCAAUGAGCAAGAAAAAUUUAUAGAUAAAUGCAAAUACAAAUUAAUUAAAUCUAAAUAUUUAUUUCAACCAAUUUUAUGUUUGGUAAACAUUUUUAAGGAAUAUUGCAAAGGUAUAUGGAUAGAAAUAUUUUCUCAAUUGUUCAAUUAUUUAAACUACGAACAGAUUAAUUGUUUAAAUUUUUGCGUUGUGCGAUUUUUGUAUAAUUAUAUUAAUAUAUAUGAGUUGAAUGAAAAUAAUGAUAAGAAGACGAAAUUUAUACAUGCAGAUGAACAAUGGUCGGCAAGAAAUAGCAUUUAUCAGAAAAAUGAGUAUAAAAAUGAAUACAAUAUUAAUGUUUUAGAAACGAUGUUAGUAUGCAUAUUUAAAGCUAAUAUUUGGCAAUGCGUUCCAUCAGAACUUAUAUUUUAUUGUUCACGCAAAUUUUGUGCAUUCGAAGUUUCGAAAUAUAUGUUACAAGCUUUACUAUUUUAUAAUUUGAAAAAAAUAAAAGAGGCUCAACGUGGAAAUGAAAUCAACGAUGCUAUUACUAUAAUAGACCAAGCAUAUACGUACAUGUCUAAUAAUAAAAAUAAUCAUGCACUAUGUAAUAACGGUAUGAACAAAUUAUUAGGUAAACAAGAGAAUGUGAUAAAUAUUUUAAAAUCAAAAAAAGACAAUUCAUUUGAAAAAGUAUAUAGUAAUAAUAUAUGCUCACCAGAGUUUGUUCAAAAUAAUUACAAGCAAACUCUUAAUUAUUUAAUCGAAAUAAACAAACAUUUAAAUGACAGAGAUAGUGUUUAUGCAUUAUAUCAAUUAUAUAUUAACAAUAAUGAAUUUUCAAAAUCAUUAUUUUACAAUCAUUAUAACCUUUAUCAUAAAAAUGAAUCUAAUUAUAUGACAAAUUUUAUGAAGUACGAAAAUUUAGAAUUAACAAAUGAAGAGCUAAAUAUAAAUAAAAAAAAUUGGAUUGAAAAACUAAAUUAUUUUAACAAUGUAUCUACUAUUUCUGAGUACAUGGAAUUAAUAAACUUCAAAAAAGAAAAGAUGCCUAAUGACAUGAACAAAUAUAUUAAAUUUGGUAAUUCCAUAUAUUGCUUAGAAGUGGAAAAUGAUAAUGAUGCAAUGCUUUUAAAUACAAAUUAUGAAAGUUUAAGAAGUGAAUAUUUAAAGCGUUUAAAUAAUGUGUAUUCAAUAAUAAACGAUAAUUUGAUAAGUAUAAAUGAGGAUAAAAAUUACGAAAUGACAGUUAAUGAUAUUAAUUUUCUAAAUGAAGAGAAUAAUAUUUUGAAUGAAAAGAUGAGAAACAAACAAAUUAUUGAUGAAAUUGAAUUUAAGAAAAAAAUAGAAUAUAGACAAAAUUUUGAAAAUGCUCAAACUAAUACUUUGAAAGAAAACAUUGGAGAUUCGAAUGUGAUAAAAAAUAAUAAUGGAAAUAAAAGAAUACAUCGAAAAAACAGUUUAGGUAUGGGAAUACCAAAUAAAAGGGAGGGUACAAAAAUUCAAACAACUAUUCAUGAUUAUUUUAGAACUAUAAAGGAUAUUGAAGAAGUAGCAAUUGAUAAAAAUAGUAUUUGUAAUAAUGCUGAGGGCGAAAAAAUAUAUAAAGGUAUUAAUAAUAAUGUAGAAGAUAUUGCAAAUACGUAUCUAAAUAAAAUAGCUUAUAUGUUGAAAAAGAAAAGAGAGGUAAUUAUAGAAAAUACAUAUACUAAUAAUAAGAAUUAUUGGGAUGAUGAAUAUUUAAAAAGUAGAAAUGGACAAUGUGAGAAUAAGUUGGUGGACACAAAAAAUGUUUUAAUAAAUAAUAAUGAUGAUGAAAAUAGUAGUAAUGCCUUUAUUAUUAGGAAAUUUAAAUUUGAUUUAAAAAAAAAAGAUAUAAAAAUGGUGAAGGACAAUAUAAAUAGUGGCAUUGAAUUAUUACUAAAUAAUAUGAGACAAUUAUUUAAUUAUAAAAAUGCUGAUUUGAAUACUUUAUUAUUGCAUGCGCAAUUAUUUGAACAAACUGAAAUGAGCAUAAAAAUUAUUGGAGAGAAAUCUUUAAGAGCUAAACAAAAUAAAAUUAAAGAAAAGGAAUGUAGCAGGUUAAAAUUUUUAUCUCAACUUUACAACUUGUGUGAUACUUGGAAUAAAGAUAAAUGUGUGUAUUACUAUGAUGAUAUACAGAAAAUAAAAUAUAUUUACAAAUGGGAAUUUCUCUUUUUAAAGUUAUGUAAAACAUUUAUAGAAGAGCAAAACUCCUCAUUAUAUAUUCCUAGUAAUAUAUAUAAAGAGCAAUCUUAUGGUGAAAAUAUAAAUAGCUCUCAUCACAUUUUAAAUUCAAUUGCAGAAAUGCGAAAAAUGAAUAAUAUGACAUAUGAUUAUUUUUAUAAAUUAUAUGAAAAAUUUGCAUCAACUUCGACUUCUGCAGGCACAGUCUCAACUUCUAAUACCAAUUCUGGUACCUGUACUAGCAGUAGUACAUCUAAUAAUGAUAAUAUUUUUCAUGGAACUAGCAAUCAUUUGUAUAAUAUAGAAAUAAUAAAAUUGAAUUUAAAAAAAUUUCUUAAAAGUAGCUAUUCGAGUAAGCAUUAUACACCAAAUAAUAAUAUUUUAGAAAAUUGCAUUUCAAUAUGUGAAGAUUUUCAGCUAAAUAAUACCCAAAAAAUGGAGUGUAAUCAAAAUGAUAAGAAAGAAAUGAUUUGCCAUGUCAAGCAUCUAUUAUAUAUAAAAAAUAUGGAAAAUGAAUGCUUUAAUAUAUGCAUUAAUCUGAAAAAAAUUGGACGAAAUAAUUUAGCUCUUAAAGUUGUAAAGAAAAUAAAAUGCUAUAUAAGUUCAUUAAAUUUGAUAAACACAUUUGAUUUCAAUUCAUUGCCAAUGAAUGGAUAUGAAAAUUACAAAAGCCAGCUAUUUUUUAUGAAAGGGCAAAUUUUGUGCAAUUUAAAUAAGCUUAUUAUAUUUUUGUAUAAAAAUAAUUUCAUAGAAAAUAACCGCAAGGCAUUCUUUAACAACGGUAAAGACACAUCGCAAAAUAUAUUAAAAGAUGGGGAACCUAGGGGUAUUGCUUCGCCUGAUAUAUUUGAAGAACAUAGUUGCCAAACUAAUGUGAAUAAUAACAUAAAUCUCGAAAUAAAUCAAAAUGUAUCUGUUUUAGUAAACGAUAUAAAUGAAAAGGUACCAGUUGGGAAACCAAGAAAAAGAAAAUCAAUGAAAAACGACGCAAAGAAUUCAUGCAUUAAAAAGGCUGAAAAUGGUGAAAAAGAAGAUGUAGAAAUAAACAAAAUAGAAGAGUGUAACAAAAACAUGAUAUUUGAUGGAAAUAAAUAUAAUAACAAUGGCUAUUCUAAAUGUAAUAAUAAAAAAAUUAAUACGUUUGAUACAGAUUUAAUUGAAGAUUGCUUUCUUACGUCUUUAAAAGCUAAUUCAAUAAGUAAUGAGUCGUGGAUUGUUUGGGCAGAUUAUUGUAAUAAAAUGUUUAAGGAAUAUAAAAAUAUAUCAUUUGGAAUUAGCUCAAUAAUAUCGUAUUUAAUAUAUUCGAGUUUAAAUACAACUAAAGGUUUUUAUUAUUUAAGUAAUGUAUUUUAUUUGUUAAAUUAUGAUGAUAAUGAAAAUUCAAUGUUGAAAAUUUUUAAUCAAUAUAACAAUGGCAUUUCUUCACAUGUAUGGUUAUUUUAUCUCCCCUUUUUACUAAACAAUGUAAAUAUUGAUAGUAGUAACUAUUUAUAUUUUCACAAAAUAUUUUAUCUGUUGAUUCGCGAAUUUCCACAAGAUGUAUUUUAUAGUCUCAGAGCGUCUUAUAUCGAUAGAAAAAAAUUAUCAGAUCGUAUUAAGAGUAAACAUACUGAUAAUGGCGUUUCUACGAAUCACGAGAAUCAGAUUGAAAAAUUGAAUGAAAAAGAAACUGUGAAUAAUAACGUGAUUGGUAUGAAUUUGGUGAAAAACGAAAUUUUUCAUAAUGAUGAAAAUAAGAGUUGUAAUGAAUAUGAUAACAUAAAUGUGAAUAAUUGUGAUGGUGUUGUAAAUCCUAUGGAUGUUCAAAAAGUAAAAACUCGAAAAAGCAAUGCUAAAACUAAUAAAACUAAGUCCAUAUCCUUGAAAAUUGAAAAAAUGGAAAAUAAUGUAGACAAAAAAAAUGAGAAAAAUAUUAGUAAUUUGUUAAACAAUUCAUAUAAUGUUAAUGAAAAAGACACAACAUAUUCUGGGAUUAUUGAAGAUGGACUGGAGCAAAUAAUGUGUGUAUUUAAGAAUACAAACUCAGAUGUAUAUUUAUCUUUGAAUUAUAUGUGCAAUGAGAUAAUAAAUUAUACAAAGUUUCAAGCGCAUGAAAAAUUAUAUUAUUUGGUAAGUAAGAUGUUGAAUCAAUGCAUAAAUUUUUCAUUUUCGAAAAUUAAUAUAUCUAAAUUAAUUCAGAAUUUUACAGAAAACAAUAUUAUAUAUAAAAUAUAUAAAUCUAAAUUAAAAUCAUAUCGUAUGUAUAGCAAAAAGUAUAGUAAUAUUAUUAGAAUUAUGAAACGGUUUUGGAAAGAGUAUAAAAAGGACAUGAAGUAUUUAAAGGAAAAGGGGCGCUUAAAAAACCUAAUUGAAGCAAAAAAUGAUAAAGAAAUAAAUUCAAAUAUCUUAGAUGAUUGUGAAAUGCCAGAAGAUGAAUGUAAUGAUAUUAAAAAAAUGGAUAAUUACUUUCUAUUGUCUGAAUUUACGAAAAUUGUAAAAAAAUGGAAAGAUAUACUUUUUGUUAUUAUUUAUUCUUUAAAAGAAAGUCCCCAAUUUCCAUAUUUUUCAUACUCCUUUUGUGAUAUGUUUUCCAAAUUUCCAAUAAAAAUUGAAGUGCCAGGGUCACGAUUAAAAUACAUUGGAGAAUAUUUAAAUUAUAAUUAUAACUUUAAUACAUAUACCCCAUCGUAUAUUAUUAAAUUAACUUCGCCGACGUUUUUUACUAUUCGAAAUAAUUUAUGUUUGAAUAAAAUAAAUUUUAUAACAAAUGACGGAAAUGUACACCAUUAUACUAUAUAUCCAUGUAAUUUUACUCAAUCUAAAUCAGAAUAUAAAUACACAUUAUUUCAAAUUUUGUUAAAUAAUAUACUGUAUAAAUUUCCAGAAACGCAAAAAAGAGGGUUAUCUCUAAAAGUAAAUAUUAACACAAUGUUGCAUCCCUUUUAUAAAUUAGUGCAAGAUAGUAUGGAAUAUAUAACUUUGAAAGAGCUUUAUAAUGAAUAUAUUCUAGCGAAUAAAAAUGAAAAAUAUUUGAUAGAUAAUGUGGUGUUAUAUCAUAGAAAAUUUAUUAAAGACUCUAUAUCAAAAUUUGUGAAAGACAAAAUUAAUUUUAUUAAAAGUACAAAAGAAAACGAAACUAAAAUGGAGGCAAAUAUUAAAGCUAGCGAAUCUAAUAACACGAGCGAUAUGAUAUUAGAAGAUGGUUUGACAAAAGAUACAAGCAUAGAAGGUCUUACUUCGAAAGAACAGAUUGAAGACUGUAAUAAUAAUGGCAUAACAAAGGAAAUCGGUAUGAGCAGGAUUGAGGAUGUAUGUAAGUACAAUGAUUUAAACACUUCGAUAAAUUUAUCAAUUGAUUAUAGCUCAAUGGUGUUUGAAAAAUUAAUACACACUUUAAAUGAAAAUGAAUGGUUCCGUAAAUUAAUUAAAAAUGCUGAGAAAAAAGGCUUGAAAAGACAUUAUAAAGAUAUUUCUAAAAUUGUACCAAAAAAUAUAAUGAAAGAUUACUUUUAUUCUCUUCAUAACAAUUUAGAAAACUAUUAUGUAUUAAAUGACAAUUUUGUUAAAAGUUAUUCGCUUUUGUGUAUGUUAAAUUAUAUAUUUCUACAGUCUGAUAUUUCAUUAGAUAAUAUUUUGAUCUCAAAAUAUUCAGGACGUACAAUGUAUUUAUAUGGAUUUCCUAGUUACAUGGAAUCGGGAAAAUCCAAAGCUAAGAAAAGAAAAAAGGUUUAUGAUAUAAUACCAUUUCGAUUAACCGAGAAUAUUCAAGAAUUCAUAGGUUUCCAAGGAUUAAAGGGAUCAUUCCCAUUAAAUUGUUAUGCAUCAGUUAUGGCAAUUAAAAAAAAUUGGAAUUAUAUCGAAAGUUUCUUAAAGCAAACAAUUUAUGAUGAUUUUUGUUCUUUAUAUGUGAAUAAAAAAGGAAGAAUGAUGAAAAGGAGUGAUACAAUAAUAAGUACAUGUGGGAAUGUAUUUAAAAUAGAUAAACUAGAAAAAAAUAAAAUAUUAACUAACUCAGAAAAUUGUGUCAAUGAUAUGUUUUAUCGAAUGAUAUUUUUAUAUAAUAAUAAAUUAGAAAAAGUGAAUAACAAAAGUUGUUCUAAAAAAGAUGUUACUCAUAAAAAAAAAGUUAUGGAAAAUUUAUACGAACACUAUUCAGAUGUAUACGAUGUGUCAUUAUCUGAAUUAUCAUCCGAUGAAAAUAUGGAAAAUGCGAAAUUGCGAAAAGGGAAAACCAGAAAAAAUAAUGAAAAAGACAUUCAAAAUAAGAAAGAAAGUAGAAAGAUGCCAAUAAAUAAAGAAUAUAAUGCAGAUGAAAAGGACAUAUGUGACAAUAAUAAUAUAGAACUGGAGGUAAAAUGUAAAAAAAGGAAAAUAUAUGCCACUAAAAAUAAUGAAAAUAAGGAUGAUGAAUAUGGUGCCCAAAAGGAAAUUGAUAAGCCUAAUAAUGGUAGAAAACAAAAACGAAAAAAUAAAAACGAUACUACUAUUGAUAACGUAGAAGAAAACAAGACAGAAAACACAAUUGAAGAAUUGAUAAAUGAAAAUGCUGGAGAAAAUUAUAAUUCAAAUAAAAAUAAUGUUAAUGAAGAAAAUAAUAAUAAUAAUAAUAAUAAAACAAAGAAAACUAGAGAAAAAAAUCCACAAAAAAGAAACACUAACACCAGAAAUAAAGGAAAUAAUGUAAAGGUGGGCGAUAAAGGCAAAUCCUCAAGAUUAAUAAAUAUAACAAAUGCUAAAGGUAUAAAUGAAGAAAAUAUAAUAAGUGAACAUAAAGAAAAAAUAAAAAACAUAAACCAAUACAACAAAUCUAUAGUAGAUCUAAUAGAGUUGUCAAUGGACAGAAAAUAUUUAAGACAAACAAAAAGUGCGUGGUUUCCUUGGUUUUGA